AUGCCUCUAUCAGAGAUUGAUCCGCAUCUGGAUCCUGGAUCUUUUGAGCUCCAGGAUCUAUCACCAACCCACGCAUCGCAGCGCAAUCUAACCAGCACGAGUACGGAACAAGACAUCGCUAGAUUCCACUACACAUCUGAGCAGAAUAUCCGCGCUUGGUAUCCUUGUGGUAGUGAUACAGAACCCUCAACCCUAACCUUUGACCGGUCGUGGUCGCACAUAUCACCCAGACUGCAAGAUAUCUACGUCGAGAGAGCACGGUAUCUGGGUCAUUUGGCGGAGCAUGGAAUGCCGAUCGAUGGGUCACAGUGUGAGGAUUUCUUUAUAGAAAUUUAUACGGGGUAUUAUCAGGCGAGAGGAAAGGGGGAUGGUGUUGGUGUGCAGGGUGAGGAGGCUAUGUCGUUGACUACAUUCGACGCCUUGCUGGGUAAACGUAUCGGACGAAGGGUGAUUGUCGAUGACAAACCUCAACUCGAAGACCAGGACAUCGAAAUGGACACUCAGCCACCUUCUACAGAAGAACCGCUACCCUGUCUCCGGCACAAAGCCACAACAAACCCCAUGCUCUCCCGCCUCGAAAUCGCCGUCGCCAAAGGCGUCCAAACGCUCACCCACCUCCACACCUUCCUCACCAACUCAAAAACCGAGCUCAAAAGCAGCGAUGUCUCCGACUGGCUCUCCGAAAUCACCAAGAUAAAAACAUACGCCGCACCUCCCAAAGUUGUCAUCGGGAUAGUCGGUAGCACGGGCGCCGGCAAGUCCUCGCUGAUCAACGCGAUUAUCGACGAGGAGAAUCUGCUGGGGACGAACUGCAUGCGCGCCUCCACGGCCGUGGCGACGGAGAUUGCGUAUAAUUAUCGCUCUGGGAAGAAGUAUCGCGCGGAGGUGGAGUUUGUUGAGAGAGGGGAAUGGGAGAGGGAGCUUCGGGCGCUGAUUGGGGAUUUGAGGGAUGAUGGUGAGAAUUCGGUUUCGUUUUCAGGUGUUCGUGGUGAAGCGAUGGCCAGGAACUCUGAGGCUGCGGUGGCUAUGGAGAAGAUUCGCGCCGUAUAUCCGGUGUUGAAUGUGCAGGAGAUUAAGAACUUGGAUGUUAAGGAGCUUUUGAGCAAGGGUGGUGUUUGUGAUGUUCUUGGGCGGACUGUCGUUGUGGAAAGUGAUGAUCCCAAGGCGUUUGCGAGAGACCUUGCCGUGUACACCGACAGUAAAAGCAAACGUCCCAAGACCACUGCCACAAACAAUACAGGUCAAGGAAAAACACCCAUGCGAACAACCUUUGACACCCAAACCAAAACCACGACAACAAACUACUGGCCCCUCGUCCGCGUCGUCCGAAUCUAUACCAAAGCCCCCGCCCUCGCCACUGGCGCAACCCUAGUCGACCUCCCCGGCAUCUUCGAUUCCAACGCCGCGCGUUUUGCCGUUGCAGAGGAGUACAUGAAGAAAUGCAGCGCGCACUGGGUCGUUGCACCGAUCAACCGUGCCGUCGACGAUAAAGUCGCGCAGGACUUAUUGGGGCGGAACAUGCGGGUGCAGUUGCAUAUGGACGGCGCUGCGAAUGACUUGACGUUCAUUUGUACCAAGACGGAUGAUGUUUCUAUGAGUGAGGUGCAGGAGUCGCUGCUGAAGAGGGAUUCGGUGUCGCCAGGCUUGGGGGAGGAGAGAUUGGGCAGGUUGGAGGAGGAGAUUGGGGAGCUUGAGGAGUGGUUGGUGGGUGUUAAGAGUGAGAUUUUGGAUGUUGCUGAGCGAUUGGAGGAGCUCGAGGUUUGUUCUGAAGGUGGUUUGCAUGGUGGUUGUGGUUCACAGGGUAGCUCGCCUGGUAAGCGCAAGAGGGACAGCUUUGUUUCUGCGCAGCAGCCUGCUCUCGACAAUACCUCUGGGGCGCAGUCGGAUUCAAGCUCUGCUUCGGGAUCAGUCUCAGAAGACGACGUCCGCACCCUCAAUGACCGCCGCAAAGAACUCAUCAACCACCAACGAACCCUCUCCACCGAGCGCCACGCCAAGGAAACCCAAAAAGAAGCCCUAGAGCACGAACUUCAAGACCUGCAAACUAGCCUCAUCCACGAAUGCAUCCAAGCACGCAACGCCUACUCGAAAAAAGAACUCAAACACGACUUCGCCCGCGGAAUCCACUCCUUCCACAACACAUUCCAACACCCACCCACCUCCGUACAGGACCCUAGCUACUACCACGCCCUCGAGCAAGACCUUCCCGUCUUCUGCGUCUCAACCCGCGCAUACCAGAAACUCCAGGGCCGGCUGCGUCGCGAAGCGCCCGUCUCUGGGUUCAACGCUCUCGAGCAGACGGAGAUUUCUCAGUUGCAAGCGCAUUGUAUUGCGGUGACGGAGCAGGCGAGGGAGGCGUCUGCCUUAAGGUUCUUGUUCCAUUUGCGGAGGGUGUUGAGUUCGAUUGGGUUGUGGGCUGGGGCGGAGGAUGGAGUUAUGAUUUCGCACGGGAAGAAGGUUGAGAUUGAGGCGAGGUUUUAUAUUGCAGAGGAGAGUUUUAAGAGGGAGGUGGAAAGGACGUGUGAGGGACUGAUGCAGGGCAUUUGCGAUAUUUUGACUCUGAAUGUUAUUCGAAAUUUUGGCCAUGCUUCGACUCUGGCGAGCGAGAAAUGCGACGAGACCGUCAAGCACUGGAACGACCUCAACUACAACACGUACAAAGCCGUCUGUUGCCGACAGGGUGUUUUUCGAUUCCAUAACUGGAACCAGGAGUUGGCCAAUCUUGUCAUCGAACCGUUGAUGCACGAUUGGAAAAAUGCUUUUGAAAUUGAAAUUUUACAGGAAGUCGACUGGUUCACCCAGUUGAUGAAGACUCAUCUGCAGGCGUUUCAUGCCCAAGCGACCUCAGCCGCCGAGAUCGUCCUCUCCGACGAAAUCAAGGACGAGCUCAAAGAUAUUUGGAAGAUCCAGUACAAGGUAAUGAAGAGAGAUGUGGUUUACGCGGUCAACAGAGCCAGACGCAAGCAACGCGGAAUCAACCGAGAAUUUGCCGUUGGCGUGGAAGAAUACUUGUAUCCUGCGUACCUGAAAUGCGCCUGUGAAAAUGGCUCCGGCAUGUUCCACCGGAUGCGAGAACACAUCCGUACCCAAAGCACCGGAAUCGAGCUCUUCCAGCACAGCACCGACCGAGUUAAAUCCGAAUUGAUCAAGCUGCUGGACAAGAUUGAGCACGAUCUGAUCUCCAUCACCACGCGACUCACGGAGCAGACAACACGCGACUACACCACUUGCAUCAUCACCCCGCUGGUUCAGCAGUUCGCGUCUUCGGGUCAGAGUCAGGCCCGGAUCAAGCGGGAGGCGGCGGGUGUGGUCCGGGAAGCUGAGAUGGAGCUUGGGCUUGAUGGGCUGUUGAAUGAUGUUGCUACUGCUCGGAGUACAGCUGCUACUAGUCAUGGUUGUGGUCCGUGGGAGGGGGGUGGACGUGAUGAUGGACAACGCGAGAGACGCGCGCUGGAGACUAUUAAAGAGGAAGAUGAGAACGAGUAA